AUGGAGGACGACGACGAAAUCCAGGCCCACCCAUCUUCCCCCCCUCCUAACGGCCGCAUCGCAGUCACCGUCUCCACCGCCGCCGCAGCCGCCGCCGGCCCCGCCCCGGCCCCCACCUCUCCUCCGCCUCCCAUACCCCUGACCCUGGCCCUCCCGAUCCAGAACCCCCAGAAGACCCCCUCCUCCGGCGUCGGCGGCCGAGAUGACUGCUGGAGCGAGGAAGCCACCGCCGUACUAAUCGACGCCUGGGGCGAGCGGUACCUGGAGCUAAGCCGGGGCAACCUCAAGCAGAAGCACUGGAAGGACGUGGCCGACGCCGUCGGCCGCCGGGAAGACCUCCACAACAAAACCCCCAAGACCGACGUCCAGUGCAAGAACCGCAUCGACACCGUCAAGAAGAAGUACAAGCUCGAGAGGGCCAAGAUCUCCGCCGGCGGCCCACCCAGCAAGUGGCGAUUCUACCACAAGCUCAACGAGCUAAUUGGGCCCACUUCCAAAACCGCCAAAACGACCUCCAUUACUCCUCCACCCAUGGAACAGAAGGUCCCCGUAAGUAUCCCGGUCGGGCUCCGAUCAUCUUCCAGUCGAAAGCCGGCCCUCAAGAAAAACCCGCCUAUCGAUUCCGAUGAUGAAACCGAACCCGAAAAUUCACCAGAUUCUUCUGACGGCUUACCUCCCGAGACUAAUAAACGGCCAAGAUUGCUAAAAUUUCCCAACGACAAUAAAUCGACUCUCUCCAGACAAAACAUGACGAACAAGAAAAGUGAUGCUGUAAAUAAUGAGAGUGAUAGCAGUGGAAAUUGGGGGAACUCUAUGAAAGAGCUAACUCGGGCCAUCUUGAAAUUCGGUGAGGUUUAUGAACAAGCAGAGACUGCCAAACUUCAACAGAUUGUGGAGAUGGAGAAGCAGAGGAUGAAGUUUGCAAAGGAUUUGGAGCUGCAAAGGAUGCAAAACUUUAUGAAGACGCAGCUCGAGCUCUCGCAGCUGAAGGUUAGGAGACCUGGUAAAAACAAUAAUAAACAAGAAUGA